CAGAGGAUUGAGGCACAAAGGUGGAAGACCCCUCAACACUGGAGCAGCUCUCCAGUACUUGAGGGAUAAUGUCUUCACGGCCUCUGCUGGAAGCAGGCUCCAGGAAGGAGUCCCACAGGUCCUAGUUUUGAUAAGUGGUGGAAGGUCUUUUGACAGUGUUGAUGCACCAGCCUCUGCUCUCAAAGAGCUGGGUGUCUUGACCUUUGCAAUUGGAACCAGGAGUGCUGAUAGCAAAGAACUGCAGAAGAUAUCCCACGACCCCAGCUAUGCACUAACUGUGUCUGAAUUCACUGACCUUCCCAAUGUCCAACAACAACUUCAGUCCUCCGUGGAGGCUGUGGUUAUCGAGGUCUCCCCAGAAUCACCACCUGUUCCUGUCGAUACUGCCAAAAAGGAUAUCGUUUUCCUCCUGGAUGGUUCUGAUGGCACACGGAAUGGCUUCCCUGCCAUGCUUGAUUUUGUUAAGAGAGUGGUGGAGAAAUUGAAUGUAGGACCUAACAAUGACCGUGUCUCUGUGGUCCAAUACAGCAGAGAUGCAGAGAUCCAUUUCUAUCUGAACACAUACACCACAAGACAGGAUAUUUUGGAUACAGUCAGAGGGCUGAGACAUAGAGGAGGCAGACCCCUCAACACCGGGGCGGCCCUCCAAUACGUCAGGGACAACGCCUUUACAAACUCCUCCGGGAGCAGGCGCCUGCAAGGUGUUCCACAAAUGUUGAUCCUGCUAAAUGGUGGAAGGUCUUUUGACAAUGUAGAUACCCCAGCCUCUGCUCUCAAACAGCAGGGUGUCUAUGUGAUAGGCAUUGGCACAAGGAACUCUGACACUAGGGAGCUGCAGAAGAUAUCAUAUGACCCUAGUUCUGCUCUAUCAGUGUCUGAUUUCACUGACCUCCCCAGUGCCCAGGAACAGCUCUCCUCUGUAAUGAACACAGUGCUAACCAGGGCCACGCCCAUCACACCAACAAAAGCUGGUAAGAAAGUGACAGAUUUUUAUUUUCCAAGGUCAUGGUAGGAUGCAAAUUGAACAGUAUGACAGUGUAUUUAUUGUAGCUGAGGCAAGCCAGCAGCACUCUGAGAAUACAUUUGUUCCAGAUUAUACAGAGUACAUUGUUAAAUUCCAGGUUAGCUUUGGUCAUCUGACUUUCACAUGGAAAACAUUUGACACAUGAACCUGAACAUGUCUGACAUUUUUUAUUCCCUAGUGGAGAGACAGCCAGCAGGAAAAGAUAUUGUGUUCUUGUUGGAUGGAUCUGAUGGUACUAGAACUGGCUUCCCAGCUGUGAAAGACUUUGUCCAAAGAGUUGUAGAGACACUCAGUGUGGAUGACAACAAAGACCGUGUCUCAGUGGUUCAGUACAGCAAAGAGCCAGCUGCCCAAUUCUAUCUGAACACGUACACCACAAAAGGCGACAUCCUUGACACUGUCAGAGGAUUGAGGCACAAAGGUGGAAGACCCCUCAACACUGGAGCAGCUCUCCAGUACUUGAGGGAUAAUGUCUUCACGGCCUCUGCUGGAAGCAGGCUCCAGGAAGGAGUCCCACAGGUCCUAGUUUUGAUAAGUGGUGGAAGGUCUUUUGACAGUGUUGAUGCACCAGCCUCUGCUCUCAAAGAGCUGGGUGUCUUGACCUUUGCAAUUGGAACCAGGAGUGCUGAUAGCAAAGAACUGCAGAAGAUAUCCCACGACCCCAGCUAUGCACUAACUGUGUCUGAAUUCACUGACCUUCCCAAUGUCCAACAACAACUUCAGUCCUCCGUGGAGGCUGUGGUUAUCGAGGUCUCCCCAGAAUCACCACCUGUUCCUGUCGAUACUGCCAAAAAGGAUAUCGUUUUCCUCCUGGAUGGUUCUGAUGGCACACGGAAUGGCUUCCCUGCCAUGCUUGAUUUUGUUAAGAGAGUGGUGGAGAAAUUGAAUGUAGGACCUAACAAUGACCGUGUCUCUGUGGUCCAAUACAGCAGAGAUGCAGAGAUCCAUUUCUAUCUGAACACAUACACCACAAGACAGGAUAUUUUGGAUACAGUCAGAGGGCUGAGACAUAGAGGAGGCAGACCCCUCAACACCGGGGCGGCCCUCCAAUACGUCAGGGACAACGCCUUUACAAACUCCUCCGGGAGCAGGCGCCUGCAAGGUGUUCCACAAAUGUUGAUCCUGCUAAAUGGUGGAAGGUCUUUUGACAAUGUAGAUACCCCAGCCUCUGCUCUCAAACAGCAGGGUGUCUAUGUGAUAGGCAUUGGCACAAGGAACUCUGACACUAGGGAGCUGCAGAAGAUAUCAUAUGACCCUAGUUCCGCUCUAUCAGUGUCUGAUUUCACUGACCUCCCCAGUGCCCAGGAACAGCUCUCCUCUGUAAUGAACACCGUGCUAACCAGGGCCACGCCCAUCACACCAAAAAACUGUGCCCAGGAACAGCUCUCCUCUGUAAUGAACACAGUGCUAACCAGGGCCCCGCCCGUCACACCCAGAAAAACUGUGGAGAGACAGCCAGCAGGAAAAGAUAUUGUGUUCUUGUUGGAUGGAUCUGAUGGUACUAGAACUGGCUUCCCAGCUGUGAAAGACUUUGUCCAAAGAGUUGUAGAGACACUCAGUGUGGAUGACAACAAAGACCGUGUCUCAGUGGUUCAGUACAGCAAAGAGCCAGCUGCCCAAUUCUAUCUGAACACGUACACCACAAAAGGCGACAUCCUUGACACUGUCAGAGGAUUGAGGCACAAAGGUGGAAGACCCCUCAACACUGGAGCAGCUCUCCAGUACUUGAGGGAUAAUGUCUUCACGGCCUCUGCUGGAAGCAGGCUCCAGGAAGGAGUCCCACAG